AUGCCUUAUAAUACUCGUCGCAAGUCACUAUCGCUGCCUUCGCUGGGAAUCCAGCUUCCGGCCGCCUCACGCGCUCACCGCUCGCCCUCGAAAUGUACACCAACCGCCGAAACAUUGCAACAUCCUUCGAAAAGAGUUAAGCGAUCCCACGGCGACAAUACUCCAGUGUCUCCAAUAUCAUCAUCUGAUGCAUCUGUGAUUUCUCCAACUGACAGUACUGCCUCGAAACCAAAGAGUCGGCGUGGGGGCCUUGCGCAUACACCACCACCUUCACCAGGCAACUCACAUUUCGACAUCAAGAUUGAUACGGAGGGUAUCAAUGAUGACAUUGUGAUUGCUGUGAUUGAUCAGUUAGAGAAGACUGGCAACCGGCCGCAUUUGAUCAAGGAACUGGCAGCUGUUCUUGCAUCUACCAAUGACAGCGUUGCACAGUAUGUAUAUCCAUUCCCAUCCACCAACGACGCAAACACUGACGUGGUUGAUCGCAUCCGCAGUUCCGCCAAUCCUGCAGCUCUUCUAUCUUCUCGAUUAAGUCUUUACCUCAAGAGACCAUGGACCGCCCUUGCCCCUUGUCCUUUGGCCAAGGAGCUCAUCCCGGUGCAUCCGCGAAAGGUCUUCUUCUACCUUACCACCACACCACAUCAGAAGCUACCAGAAAGCUCGGACGAUAUAAUAGCUCCGACGGCGUCGAAUGUCAAGCGUCUCACUCCCAGCGUUUCACCGAGCAUUGACCAAGAUGACAUCGACCUGGAAACAAGAGAGCGUCUUCGAAUGAGUCCUAGCCCUGAGGUCGACCUAUCCUCGCCAGAUCUGGAUGAUGAUCAGCCCAUGAAUCCUCCGACUCCAGGAGAAAGCUUUAGUGGUCGGAGCAGUCUGACACGGGACGGAUCGAUCGCAGAACACCGAACCGCUCAGAACAGGGCGCCAAGCCCACCACUUGAAGCUGAUGAGAAAGGCUUUACCGAGACGGCCACAGCUGUGCGCGCUCGGGGUAUGAGCCUGAAUGAGUCCUGCGUCCAUACAUCGAUUGAAGGUAGCCUGGAUCAAGGAAGCAAUCAACAGAUGGAGGGUAUUGAAGAGACGGCCGAGAUGACGCAUAAACGAGAUCAAGAAUUGGGCUACGAGUUGUUCGGCCAUGCCCAUGGUGCGCCUGCUGUGCCCAACCAGACCGCCUUACUCAGCAGUCCUAUGAUUGCUGCCAAAGAUGAUCACGCUACCAAUGUCAAGAAAGUCACCGCGCUUGUGACGGAGAUUGGUCUACAAGAUGUCGAGAUGACGAAUUGGGAGUUGAGAUCUCCCGAGAAUGUUGAGCUGGAUGAACUUGAUGGAAUGUUUUCUGGGUUUUAG